AUGGUCUCCUUAUCAGCCGUCCAGCAGUCUAACGCCCAAAUUAAAACCGGGCAGGUGAUCCCGCCUGGCAUCGUUGCCGUUUUCGUAGGCGCAACCAGCGGCAUCGGUAAAGCCUGUCUCGUCCAGUUUGCGCAGCUCACGGUCUCCCCGCGUAUCUACUUUGUUGGGCGCUCGCAGCAGGCGGCGAAUGAGAUUCUGCAGCAUCUGCGUCAGAUAAAUCCAGAGGGGAAAUAUACUUUUAUCAGGGCUGAUGUGAGCUUGCUUCGUAAUGUGGAUGAAGUAUGCGAGCAGAUUAGGGCGGAGGAAGAAUUUGUCAAUGUUUUGUUUUUGAGUCAGGGUACUUUGGAUGUCACCACCGACACAUCGGAGAAGCUGCCUCUUAUUCUCGCAUUAUCGUAUUACUCCCGUAUGCGCUUUAUUGCCAAUCUCUUACCACUUCUCCGCCAUGCUUCAACUGUGUCGAGCAUCAGCCGAGUGAUCACAGUCAUGGCUGGGACCAAAGAAGGCCCCAUCAGUUCCUCCGAGAUUGGUAGAAAACUUGUUGCUCCGUGGAAGGCCCGUGGGCAUCUCUGUUCCAUGAUGACCUUGACCAUGGAGCAUUUUGCAGAAACUGAAGCGCCCCAAGUCAGUUUUGUGCAUGAUUACCCUGGAUUUGUGAAAACACCUCUUUCGGAUUCCAUGACGGGAGUUGUUGGCGGCAUAAUGAGAGGGGUCUUUGCGGUUACUAGUCUUUUCAAUAGCAGAAAUAGGCGAUGGGUGCCUCUUGAAGAAAGUGGCCAACGGCAUGUGUUUCUGGCGACGAGUUCGAGGUACCCGCCCAAAGAUGGGCACAAAGCUUCGUCAUCAAGACAUGGUGUGUCGAUAGGCGAGGAUGGAAGCGGGACGGAGACUGCUGUAGGCAGUAACGGUCAGGUUGGGAGUGGUGUUUACAGUGUUGAUGAAUUUGGUGAGAGCGCUGAUAUACAUGUUCAGAAGCUCCUGGAGGGAUUAAGGCGGAAUGGGACCAAAGACCAGAUCUGGAGUCAUUUACAGCAAGAGUUUAAAAGGAUUACGGGCAAGGCGGCGAUAUGGUCGUCUGCUUCGUCCUCUUCUUCACCAUCUCAAACCGCGUCGUAA